CAAUUGCGUACAGAUAAUCUGCUCUGUGUGUCUGUUCUUCUAUACUAAUUUGCUUUGCUAAUACUGAGCAAGAGUUGGCGGACCUCAAAUGGCGUCUAAAGGUGUUCUCUUUCUUCUCUUCGUUAUUCAAUUGCACGUCUCAGCUGCACAAACUUGGAUCAGAGGUGGGUACUGGUUUCCGGCCAGCGAAUUCCCCAUCUCCGACAUAAACUCAUCUCUCUUCUCUCAUCUCAUUUGUGCAUUUGCGGAUAUUGACCCUCAGACCUACCGGCUCAAUCUCUCGUCGUCUGAUCAACCUUAUUUCUCCUCCUUCACCAGGACCGUCCAACAGAAAAACCCUUCCAUAGUAACCCUUCUAUCCAUAGGUGGUGGAAACGCCAAUUCCUCAGCAUUAAUCUCCGCCAUGGUUAGCCAACCUUCCUCCAGAAAGGCCUUCAUCGACUCCUCCAUCAAAAUGGCAAGGUUGUACGGUUUCCAUGGCCUAGACCUCUGCUGGGUUAAUCCCAAGACCAAUGCCGACAUGACUAACAUGGGCGCACUCUUUGAAGAAUGGCGAACCGCGGUGAAUUCCCAGUYGGAAAAGAACAAUACUGAGCCACGGUUGAUCUUGACUGCAGCAGUCCAUUACUCACCCAGGCUCGACUCAGCAAUCUUCCCAGUGGACUCAAUGGAAAGAAAUUUGGAUUGGGUCCAUGUGAUGGCAUACGACUACCACGCACCACCUUGGGCAGAAUCGAAUAUCACCGGGCCACAUGCCGCCUUAUAUGAUCCGUCGAGCGAGGUCAGUACAGAUUUCGGAAUCCGGGCAUGGAUUAAGAAGGGAUUGGCAGCAAGAAAACUAGUUCUGGGUUUACCAUACUAUGGCUAUGCUUGGACACUCUCGAAUCCUGAGGAGCACGGCAUAGGCGCACCGACCGCCGGCGCGGCAGUCACAGAAGAUGGAGCCAUGAGAUACAUAGACAUCAAGGAGUUCAUAGAGAACAGGGGAGCCACGACUGUGUACAAUGAAACGAUGGUGGUCAAUUACUGUUACAUUGGAUCCAUAUGGAUUGGCUUCGAUGAUGUUGAGGCCAUCACAGCUAAGGUUUCAUAUGCUAAGGAGAAGGACCUGCUCGGGUACUUUGUCUGGCACGUCGCCAACGAUGACAACUGGGUUCUCUCUGAUCUUGCCAGUCAACUAAGUGGCAGAUCAAGUACUCCUGGAACUGAAAAAGAUCAAAGAGUCAGAAGACAUGUACUAAUAGUUGUGGUGGUGGUAUCAAUUGCUUCGUUAUUGUUAGUAAUUGGCUUCUCAUCAUAUUACCUCAGGAGGAGAAAGCUCAAAGUGAGAGAGAGGAAGGAGAGAGGCCAGGGGUUAAUUUCUACAGGUGGAAUGGCAUCUGCCAACAUUGUGACCAACGAGAAAAAUGGUCUAGAUCAGUUGCAAGUAUUUAGUUUUGCUUCCAUUGUUGCUGCUACAAAUAACUUUUCUGAAGAAAACAAGCUUGGGAAGGGUGGAUUUGGACAUGUUUACAAGGGAAUUUGGUCACAAGGCCAAGAAAUAGCAGUAAAGAGACUUUCAAGAAGUUCUACACAAGGAACAGAGGAGUUUAAAAAUGAGAUCGCAGUUAUUGCCAAGCUCCAACAUGUGAAUCUUGUCAAAGUUCUAGGGUACUGCCUUGAAAGAGAAGAGAAGAUACUGAUCUAUGAAUAUAUGCCAAACAAGAGCUUGGACUCAUACCUCUUUGAUCCUGCUAGACGAAUACUGCUAAAUUGGGAAAGACGCAUCCACAUCAUUGAAGGAGUUGCUCAAGGGCUUCUUUAUCUCCAUAAAUUCUCAAGAUUAAAAGUAAUUCAUAGAGAUCUUAAAGCUAGCAACAUUCUACUGGAUAACCAGAUGAAUCCUAAAAUAUCAGAUUUCGGCUUGGCAAGAAUUUUUGGAGGAAAUGAAUCCCAAGCAGAUACAAAUAGGGUAGCUGGGACAUUUGGUUACAUGCCUCCUGAGUAUGUCAGGCAGGGUGUCUUUUCUUCAAAAUCUGAUGUCUUUAGCUUUGGAGUAAUACUCUUAGAGAUACUAAGUGGCAAGAGAAGCACAGAUGUUAUUGAUUCAAAUUGUUCACUAAUCCUUGUGGAACAUGCAUGGAAGCUAUUUAAAUCUGGCAGAAGCAUGGAGUUUUUGGAUCCAAUAUUGGAUGUUACAUAUUCCCCUUGCAAACCAACAAGGUACAUUCAUGUGGGACUCUUAUGUGUCCAAGCCAACCCAAUGGAUAGACCAGCCAUGGAAGAUAUUGUCUCGAUGCUUAGCAAUGAAAAUAUGGUUUUGUCUACUCCUAAGCAACCGGCUUUUCUAAUGGAAAAUAGUACUAGUGAAGAUGAUAUAUACUUAGGCCAAUAUGGGAUAUAUUCAGCAAAUGAUAUAACUGUUUCAGUGGUAACAGCACGAUAAGGAUGCAAUCUCUCAUGCUAAACAGACAAUUUUACCUCAAAGAAGUAACAGAGAAUUACAGCCCCUCAUGUACUUUACCCAAUAAUAAAGAGUAAUAUCUUGAUGCUUCUGUGGAAGCCAAUGGUAAUACAGUCACUGGAGUCAAUACUGCAAGGAAUCUUCUGUGGUGUCAUUCAUCUGAAGAGAAGAGGCAUGAAUAUUUCUAGGGAGAACAACAAUAUAGUUGAAGAAUGUGCAGCUAGAGAUGCAAUCUACAUAGACAAAGAGCUUGGUCUAUGUGCAAUGACUAAUGGCUGAUGGAAGCUCUAAACUUGGUAUUGAGUGCAACAGAGAAGCGGUAGGAAGUCCCAUUAUAAUAUAAUCAAGAGGUAUCAUUCCAUCAAGGCAUUAUGAUGAGCUGAGUUCAAUUCUGAUAACCUAUAUAUACAGGGGAGCUAGCGGGAGGAAUCCAGGUUGCAGAUGUCUUGGCUAACUUGCAGAAAAGCAGGAGCUUUAAAAAGAAAGGGACUCAGCAGAACCCCACACUGAACCUCAGGCUGGUUGGGACGGUCCUAGGGGGAGUACUCUCCCCCACUUCUCGUAAUUUUAAAUCUUUCUUUCUUAUAUCCCCAACAUAAAACAUACUCAAUUAGUCAUCUUCAAAACCUGGAAUAAUUUUGCCUGUAUAUAUUGAUAAAAGGAAAAGCCUAAAUUAUCAUUUGCAACCAAAAUAAAUAAAG